UCUCUCUCACCGCAUACGUGGACGUCGACUUUGUCCGUUUUUGAAUGACUCGGUUUAUCUGUCCCUACCAUUCAAGUGAGCUCAGGAGGACGUCCAGGACUACGGCUCGCCCGCGCUUACCCGUCAGCUCGCGCUAUCACAGUUGCUGGAGCACAAUGCCGGGGGUCGCGCUGACGGUCGCGCUCCUCAUGCUCAGCCUUGGCUUUAGCAGAGGUUUCCCACACUACAGGUACGACGACGUGGACGCAGACCUGGCCAGCUUCGACUAUUACAAAGCGACGGACGAGCUCGAUUACGCAAACGAGAGCGCGUGCGAGGACUGCGUGCCGGAACUGUGUCCUGUAACGCAGGGCUGCAGAGCAGGGCUCGUGAGAGACAGCUGCGACUGCUGCUUUGAAUGCGGGAAUCUGGAAGGGCAGUCGUGCGACGCGGGACAGCGAAACGUCUACUACGGCCUGUGUGGCGAGGACAUGGAGUGCAAGAGCGAGCCUUCGAGCGCGACGGACGAUGGGACGCACGAGCCGCAGUGUGUCUGUGCGUCCCAGCGAACGCUGUGCGGGUCCGAUGGGCAGACGUACAUGAACCUUUGCAAGUUCAAAGAAGCAGCGUUCUCCAACCCCGGGCUCAACGCGAGCGACGGCCCGUGCAAGACAGUGCCUGUGAUCAAGGUCCCACCACGAAGCUUGGUCAACGUGACUGGCAGCAGUGCGCUGUUUCUGUGUGAGGUGUUCGCCUUCCCGAUGGCUCUGGUGGAGUGGAGGAAGGAAAGCGAGGACACUGUUCUACCUGGUGAUGAUCCUCACAUAUCUGUCCAGUCCCGAGGAGGUCCUCAGAGGUUUGAGCUGUCCAGCUGGCUCCAGAUCGAGGAGGCUACUCAGACAGACUCGGGCACCUAUAGAUGUGUUGCCAGGAACGAGCUGGGUGAAGCGUCUGCCACUGCACUGCUGGGUAUUUUGCCAGCAGAUGAGAUGUCUGCCUAUUUAGAAGAAAACAUCAAAGAAGUGAUGGAAUAUGAUCAAGUGAAGUACUACGAUGAAGACUAUUACUAAAUUACUUUAAAUCCACAACACAGACACUCUGGUUCUGCUCAAAUCGCAUCUCUGCAGGAAACUCUGAGGCAUAUACCAAGUAAUUGGUGGAGACAUGUAGACAUGUAGAAUGUUUGAGGUGAUGGGUGACGACACUGACCAUUGAGGUGAAACAAACACACGCACUGACCCUGAAGAGGAGGAAUGGUGGCCACAGAUCACCCUGUUAGCUCCAGACGGGCUGGAGGCUUUAGGGUAGAUCCCUACCCGUAGGGGGCUUUAGGGUAGAUCCCUACCCGUAGGGGGCUUUAGGGUAGAUCCCUACCCGUAGGGAGCUUUAGGGUAGAUCCCCACCCGUAGAGGGCUUUAGAGUAGAUCCCCACCCGUAGGGGGCUUUAGGGUAGAUGCCCACCCGUAGGGGGCUUCAGGGUAUAUCCCCAUCCCUUGGGGACUUUAGGGUAGAUCCCUACCCCUAGAGGGCUUUAGGGGACAACCCUACCCCUAGGGGGCUUCACAAGGAGAAGUUUCUAAAUUCCUUUGGGCCCGAGUGUUUGAAAAACAAACACCCUCAAAGCCCGGAUGUCCGUGCACGUUCCCAGAGCUGUGGAGAGUGCCACCCUUCAUGCAUUUUUCCAUCCCGGGCCCACUGUCUCGCCUUCUGGAACUUUCUGGAGUAUUUUCGUGUUUCCUGCAUGAGUGCCAAGUCGUAACAUAUCCAUUUCUUUCCCCUCUUCUGAGCGGAAUGUGGAUCAGCGUGUGGCUUUGAGCACUUUUCCAUGUGGCGUCCCCUGCUGUGUGUGUCUGUGUGUGUGUGCACAUGUGUAUGUAAUGUGUUUAUGCAGAUUCUGUGUGUGUGUGUACAUGUGCACCUAUGGGUGAUAGUUUGAUUCUGUGGGAUCAGUGAAGUCCACACCUGGUUUGCUUUAAGUGCUUCUGUUCUAAGACCUGAACACAGGUGUGUUCAGGUGUGGUGUUUAUUUCCUUUCAUGUGCUCCCCUGUCUGCCUCAUUAGAGAUAACAUGGACACACAUGGUAAUCUUCAUUCCCACUCUGUAAUCCAGUAGUUUGGUAGCCAAACUUGAACAAAGACACUAUGCAUACCAAAACAGUGGAGAUAUGAAACUGUUUUUAUUGUUUGGGUUUUUUUUUUUUUUUUUUUUUUUAUAUUUUAUUGUUCUAUGAGAGUAUAGGGAUUAUUAUAUAGAGGGUCCGUUUCUAAUAUGCUGUUGUAAAAUCUUUCAUGUUCAGAUUUAAUUAAAUUUACUGCAGUCAUUUGAGAAGUAAAGAAUGAUUGUGAGCAAGUACUUUUAUACAGGACUUUUAUACAGGACCUUUAUUUUAAAAAGAAAACACUAAA